UGUCAGCGCCCUUGGUUGCUCCCGAGUUGAUAACAGACAAAUUUAUUUAAAGAUUCCUUGGCCCUGAGUCCACCUCGGUGCCCAUAAACAUGGUUCACAUUACUGCAAGCUGUUUGGGAAGAACUCGGCAUGCAGACAAAUACUGGGGAAGGCAGCAAAUCUUUAGACUUACGGCGCAUUACUUUGGUCGCAAGAGAAAUUGUUACACCAUCGCAGUGAGGUAUGCACAGAAGGCUCUACAGCACGCCAUGAGAGGGCGACGGGACAAAAAGAAGGUCAUGCGACAGCUGUGGCACAUUCGUCUUAACGCAGCAUGCAUUGAACACGGGAUUGGAGCUAAGGACUUCUUCGAGGCACUUUCAAGGUUAAACAUACACUUGGACAGAAACAUGUUAGUCACGCUGGCUGUUUACGAACCCAGGACCUUUGAGAGUUUGGUGGAGAUCAGUAAGAGAUACUGGACCCAGCAAGGCAUCACAGUGGAGGGCCUGAAGCAACCAGUGGGAAUACUUACCAGAGGAAUGUUAUGAUUGUGUAGAAAAAUAAUAAUAAAACUCUGUUGGACACGUGACAGUAUAUCACCACUGAUGCCAUUAUUGUAACAGUUACUCGUUCAUUUCAAACAAAAAUUAAUUUACAGAAAAUUUGGAAACUCGUCAGGUAUUACAGGCGUGCUGACUGAAGGACCUGCAUAAGUUUCACCUAAAACGCCUGUCUGGCUUCACAAGUGCUUGGUGAUUGAUGAGAAGCAAGUAGCUGUCAAAGUUUUGCCAUAACUGUGGGUAGUGCUUAUAAUACCUGAAUAAGUUGGGUCAGACUUUUAGUAAAAUGAACAAUGCUCACGUAAGGAAUUAUGUGUCCGUUAAUAACUUAAAAUGAGACGCUGAAAGUUUGUUAAGAUAUUCUGUCAGAAUUUGUUAGGUGCAUGAAAUGUACGGGCGAUUACUGUUACUGUGACUAUUUUCACUGCGGGAGAAAUGGAAGUAGUAUUUAGGGACGUGCUGGAGAACGGUUUGAAAUGGUGGCUUAUGCAAUUGUUGCAGACGACACUGUUCUUUACUUCGAUAGUGACGUUAUGUUCGAGAACGGUUUUCACGAAAAUGCAUACGGUGGCAGCACUAAUAGUUUGCCGUGUGCUUACGUUGCGUUGAGAGCAGCGCCAUCUAGCGAGUGCUGAUAGCAGCGCCAUCUAGCGAGUGCUGCGAAAUAUAAAAGAAGAGAGAACGUGUUCUAAUUAAACGACUGUUCGUGUUUGUAUAUAAGGCAGCAACUGUAGUGGUUGAUGCGCCUGAGAAGAGCACUGCUGCUACAUUGUUUGUUGUCUUUAUUCUUUUGACAGUUUUGAAAUUGUUAAAACCGUGUCAAAAUAAAUUCGAAGUUGUAAUGGUAAAUGAUGUGCAUACAUG